AUGCAUACGAAACCUCUGCCCUCUAACACCGAGUCUACCAAUGUUAACGACACCCCGACAGAAUCUCCAGAACUACAUAUAGCAGCCCUGAAUACAUACCAGAAGUGCUAUAGCGUCAUUGAGAAGCUUACCAUCACCGGUCUUCGAUUCCUGUGUGGGUCAUUCCCUUCAGAUACGGGCAAUCAGACAUGUGUCCCAGAAAGCAAUGGUGCGAAAUGUCAGCAAAACGAAUUCCUGUGUAUGAACGGGCCGACUGUCUCGGCUGCCAGUAUUUGUAUCUCACAGUCUCGAAGAUGCGACGACCACAUCGACUGCCUUGACGCCUCUGACGAAAAAGACUGCGGCAACCAAUGCGAUAUCACUCAGUUUCAGUGCGUCAAUGGGACGUCCAAGCUCAAGGCCGGGGUCUGUGUUGAGCUGGACCAGCGGUGUGACGGACUCGAGCAGUGCUCUGACGGGAGCGAUGAAGUGGCUUGCGACGGCCAGUGCGGAAAGGAGGAGUUUGAAUGCCUGAAUGGAUUCGACCCCGUGGUCAACAGCAGGUGCAUUCAGAUGUUGAGAAGAUGCGACGGCAAUCGGGACUGCACGGGCGGAAGUGACGAAGCAAAUUGCCCUGAUUCUGCAGCAACUUGCCAAGCUGGCGAAUUCGCGUGCACGACAGGUUUGAACCGGUUCACUCGUGGGCGCUGUGUCCUGGACGAAUACCGUUGCGACUCUAGUCACGAUUGUUACGACGAGUCUGAUGAAAAGGGUUGCGAAUACCAGUGUAAUAACAACACGGAAUUCCGCUGUUUGAACUCCACAGUCGCCAGUUACCCAUACCACGGGUUUUGUAUAGAGAAUUGGGAAGUCUGUGACGGCUACAUCGACUGUGCCGAUAAAAGUGACGAAGCCGCUUGCGACGGACUCUGCAGCAGGAAAGACUACAAGAGGUGCAAAAGCGGUGAGGACAUAUACACCAGUAGCGCAUGCGUCGACAUCGAAUACUGGUGUGAUGGCGUCGCAGAUUGCACAGACCUAAGCGACGAAACUGACUGUAACAAAACAUGCGAAGCCAACCAUUUUAAAUGCAUGAACGGGAGUGACACCAAUACUGGCUCGCCCUGCAUCCCCCAGUCGUACGUCUGUGACAAGAUGCGAGACUGUAGUGACGGCAGCGAUGAAGCCAGUUGCAACUACACUUGUCCCAUCAAUAAAUUCCAAUGCAAGAACGGGCCAAUCUCUCACUACCCCUACCAGGGCUACUGCACAGAUUUAGAGAACCUCUGCAACGGCCAAAAGGACUGCUCCGACCACAGCGAUGAGGAAAACUGCGGGCCUGUUAUCUGUGAAACUGGUUACAAAGCUUGUAAAAGUGGCAUCGACGAGUACGGCAACUCUUGCGUACGGGACGUAUACUUCUGUGACAAGUACCGCGAUUGCAGCGACUCCUCCGACGAGUUGAAUUGCAACUACACAUGUCCACAGCCGAGAGAUUUCAUGUGUAAAAACAGCACUACUUAUUUUGAUGACUAUUGUAUUGAUGAGACCUAUGUCUGUGAUGGUGUCAAUGAUUGUAUGGACUUAUCAGAUGAAGAUGACUGCGGCGGGGACAUCACUUGUCCAAACAACUAUUUCAAAUGCAAAAACGGCCGAGACUGGUAUACUGGGGACUAUUGCAUUCCUGAUAUGUUCCUUUGUGAUGACGAUGAUGACUGUACGGACAGCUCGGAUGAAGUUGGCUGCGACAGGGACUGUGGCACUGGAAAGUUUUCCUGCGUGAACGGGACAAUAGAUAGCUAUCCGUUCACCAGUCGCUGCAUUGACUCAGAUGAAGACUGUGAUGGCUAUUCUGACUGCACCGACAACUCCGACGAAUUGUUCUGCGAAUUCAAACCCUGCCACUCCGGGCAUACCCGGUGCGAGAACGGAACGGACGUGUACAAUGGCGACUUCUGUUACAAGGAUGAGUACAAAUGCGACCGAGACUACGACUGUUCCGACAAGAGUGAUGAAAAAGACUGCGACUAUUCGUGCCCCGAUGGGAACUUCUCCUGCACCAAUGGAACCAUAUCGUACUUCCCUUACUUCGGCCAUUGCGUGGCUGACGUGUACCGCUGCGACGGUCAGUCACAUUGCACUGAUGGAAGUGAUGAAUUGGGCUGUGGGCAGACCUGCGCGGCGCACCAGUUCAAGUGCCUCACUGGUGCUGAUGUGGCGAAUGGAGAUGUUUGUAUCAGGAUCGAGCACCACUGCGACAGGGAGUACGACUGCACUGAUGGCAGUGACGAGGCUGGAUGUAACUACACGUGCAAGGCUAAUGAGUUCAAAUGUGAGACUGGAAGGAUUAGCAAGUAUCCUUACCGAGGAUUCUGCUUGUCUGCUGAUGAGAAAUGCGACAGCUUCAUGGACUGCGUUGACGGAAGUGACGAAAGGAGUUGUGGAAACAAAACUUGCCCGUUAGGGUAUUUCCGGUGCCAAAAUGGAACAGACAGAUAUAACGGGCAUGCCUGUAUCCUCGAGAACUACCGCUGUGAUCGUGACGCCGACUGCACCGACAAAAGUGAUGAGAUUGGUUGCGACUACUCCUGUAAGACGGGCCAGUUCAAGUGUGAGACGAGUACAAUCGCUAUCCCGCCGUACACUGGAUUCUGUCUGAACGUCUCAUUGAGAUGUGAUGGCCACAAUGACUGCUUUGACUCAACGGAUGAGGAGAAUUGCAACGUGACGUGUCCCCCGGAAGAGUUCAAAUGCGUAAAUGGUACAAGCGUCCACAACGGCGACCGCUGUAUCAGGAAGGAAUAUCUUUGCAACAGGGAACCCGAUUGUUCUGAUUCUUCUGAUGAGGUGGGGUGUAACUAUACGUGCUCUCAAGGACAGUUCAAGUGCCACACGAGGAGCCUUAGGAGGUCCCCGUACACUGGCUACUGCCUUGAUGCGGCCGAGGAGUGUGACGGGUAUUCGGACUGUGAGGACGGUUCGGAUGAAUUAGACUGUGAAAACAAAGGCUGUUCAUCUGGUCUCUUCAGAUGCCUCAACGGAGUAGACAACUACAAUGGCGACCGCUGCAUUAAGAAUGAUUAUGUUUGCGAUCGUGAUAAUGACUGUUCUGACAACAGCGAUGAAGAAAAUUGUACAUACACGUGUCCCCAGGGAGAAUUUUCAUGCGCUUCGGGGAGCGUCGCCGUAGCUCCUUACAUUGGGCACUGUAUCAGCUUUUCCCAGGUGUGUGAUGGACUAUCCCAAUGCCUGGAUCAUAGCGAUGAGUUCAACUGCAACCACACUUGCCCAGCCGGAGAGUUCCGGUGUCUAAAUGGCAGUAACAUUUACUCUGGUACGGUGUGCAUUCGGAGAGAAUUCCAUUGCGACCGUGACAUUGACUGCGUAGACGGAAGUGACGAAGAAAACUGUGUAUACACAUGCGCAAGUGAUGAAUUCAAAUGUGCUACCAAUCACAUAUCUUAUGACCCGUAUCACGGAUUCUGCAUACCGAAAACAAACAAAUGUGAUGGAACGCCAGACUGCUUAGACGCCAGCGAUGAACAGAACUGCGCAGACUUUUGCCCGGUUGGUCAGUUUGCCUGCGUUGAUGGCACAGACGUCAACAACGACAAAUGCGUUCCAGGCUCCUAUCAAUGUGAUCGGCAUAUCGAUUGCAGUGAUCAAUCUGAUGAGAAAAACUGCACCUAUGUCUGUGGCGCUGGCCAGUUCAAGUGUCGCAUUGGUCAUCUCAUGAGGUACCCCUACAACGGCUACUGUAUAGACAUAAAUGAGCGCUGUGACGGACAGAAAGACUGCCAAGACGAAAGCGAUGAAAAGGACUGUGACGUCAGCUGCGAGUCUUAUGAGUUCAAGUGUGCGAACGGCACAGAUUUAAACAGUGGAGAAAGGUGUAUUUUCUCAUCCUUUCGCUGUGAUCGCCAACAGGACUGCACCGAUAAUAGCGAUGAACAAGGGUGCGCCUACGACUGUCAGACGUUCGAGUUCGCCUGUGCCACGGGGACAGUCACGGCAUGGCCGUAUCAUGGCUACUGCAUCAGUGCGCAAAGGCGCUGCGACGGAAAAAACGACUGCGUUGAUCAAAGUGAUGAAAUGAACUGCGACGCCACAACAUGUCCUCCAACACAAUUUCGCUGCGAAAACGGGACGUCUGUAUACGGAACAAAUUGUAUCAACCUCUCAUAUAAGUGCGACAGGCAGCGCCACUGCCUUGAUGGUAGUGAUGAAGAUAACUGUAAUUUCACUUGUUCUGCUGGCCAGAUCAUGUGUGAAACGGGGCGUGUGAGUUCCUAUCCCUUCACAGACUAUUGCAUCGCCUCCGGCGCCAAAUGCGACGGACAUAAAAAUUGUAUUGAUGGUUCAGACGAGAAGUCCUGCGGAGUAAUUCAGUGCGCAAUUGACGAAUUCAAGUGCGUAAACGGGACAGAUUAUCGUGGUGAUUUGUGUAUUCCUACGCAAUAUCUAUGCGAUAGGGACAAUGAUUGUUCGGAUUCCAGUGACGAGGGGGCAUCUUGUAGCUACUCGUGCCCGAAGGAGGAAUUCAUGUGUGUUACUGAUUCCGCCAUCGCGACCGCAGCCAACUCACGGCGCGGUUAUUGCAUCGCUGCCGCCAAUAGAUGCGACGGUACAAAGCAAUGUUCAGAUGGCAGCGACGAAGAGAACUGCCCCAGAGACAACUGCACGGCGUCAGAAUUCAGAUGCGUAAAUGGUGCGGACUUUUACGGAGAACAAUGUAUCGCCGGGCACUAUAGGUGCGACAGAGAAUAUACCUGUGAUGACCAGAGCGAUGAAGCCAAUUGUACCUACUCGUGCGAAGCGGGUGAAGUCAAGUGCACCACCGGCAUACUAGCAAGAUACCCUUACAAAGGUUUUUGCUACGAUGCAAUCGAGAGAUGUGACUCAUACAAAGACUGUCAAGACGGAUCCGACGAGGAUGGAUGUGACAUUACAUGCAACCACAGCGAACAGUUCCGGUGUACCAAUGGUACUGACCAACUGACCGGCGAAAGGUGUAUUUGGGAUUUUAUGAGAUGCGACAAAUCUAUCGACUGUACCGACGGUAGUGACGAGCUUGCCUGCACCUACCAAUGUCCUACUGAUUACACAGCUUGCACCAAUGGCUCCAUUUCCAUCUUCCCCUACCAGGGCUAUUGCGUCCCAGACCACUACCUCUGCGACGGCGCCAAUGACUGCGAGGACGCCAGUGACGAGGCGAACUGUGACCACGGUUGUCCUUCAAGCCAGUUCCGUUGUGCGAAUGGCACGAAUCGGCACGCUUUUGGUGUAUCCCACUGCGUCCACCAAGAUUACGUAUGCGACCGUGAUCCUGAUUGUACGGACGGGAGCGACGAGUUCGGAUGCAGCUACACCUGUAAUGAUGGGGAGUUCGCCUGCCUUAGCGGGUCCAUCGCGUCCUAUCCAUAUUUUGGAUUUUGCAUCGAUAUGGCCAAUAGAUGUGACGGAAGACGCCAUUGCCUUGACGGAAGUGACGAACAUGGCUGCGAUUACACGUGCAGCCCCAGUGAAUUCCAAUGUGCCAACGGAAGUGACGUUUAUAAUGGCGAUCCCUGCAUAUCCAACACCUACCACUGUGACAGAGUCCAGGACUGUACGGAUUCUAGUGACGAGGUUGGGUGCGUCUACCGGUGCCAGGAUGCCUCAGAGUUUAUGUGCAAGACAGGGGUUGGGAAUUCGUGGCCGUACAACACCUACUGCGUGGCAGCGUCGGCGAGAUGUGAUAGUGUUCAGAACUGUGUGGACAAUAGUGACGAACAGGGUUGUCCGCCUACAUAGGGGAGUACGCACUCAGGCAGAGAGAGAUAUUGACUGAAACUGUGAAUCCGUGCGCUUUGUAAUGCUUUCAGGGGAUGAGAGGGACCUUCAUACUGGGAUCGAACAUUUCAUCUCUUUGGUUUCGUAUAACUUUCCGAUGACAUACUCCUAAUAGGCGAAGAGAGUACAUUGUUCUCAUUAGUAAAGUCUUUACAUAUGAUUCCCGAUGUCACAUGUCACGUACGUGUCACAUUGUAUAUUACUCCUAAGGCAGUUCAUUCGCCAUCCUAAUACGUAAAAUUCCUUCAUGAGGGACGAGUUCGGUUCACUGCGUCCAGAGUGUAGCGUCAUUUCACUAACCACGAACAUAUUCGCGCAUUGACAAAGACAUGAUCUGAAAACAUGGCAUGAUGAUGAACUGUGACAUUGUGUAUCUUAGGCCGGAGUUAUAUAGGGUUCACGCUGUCACUUGUCAUGUUUCACGUGUCACGAGUUUACUGACUUAGGCUUGAAGACUCGCCUGCACUUUGAAAAUGACUUCUAUGAAAGGUGACAGGUUACAAGUGACACCAUGAACUUUAUGAAAACCAUGCCUUAUGCCUCUUGUGUCCUGGAGUUUGAGUUUAUUAUUUACUAUCUAUAAUUUCUGUCGCCUUCUGCUUUAAAAUCAACAUCACAAAUAUUUCCACUUGUCCUGUACACAGAUUAACUGGCCCCGAGAAAAUGAAGAAAAGGCGAGUUUAAACAAAGAAUAAUAGGAAGAAAGAAAAUGAUUACCGGUAUUUAAUGGUUAUCACAACUAUUGUGCUUCUUGUACUGUACUUGUAGUUCCAAACGAUCUGAUAUCGAUAUAUGCCAAAUUCGAAUGAUAUGACAUAACGUAUGAUACACUCUUUUGUACAUUUUGUAAAGAAAUAUUUGGUAUAUUUUCAAUAAAGAUUAUGCUGUUUAUUUGUA